AUGGACCUUUGCUCUGUGGAAAAUGCAGAGGUCAGUAACAUUGUUUUUGUGCCGGAGAACAACACUAUCGAUGCUACAGUUGCAACAAUUAAAGCUGAUGAGGGGGUGACAGUUCGUAUCACUGGUCAGCAACCAGAGAAUCUCUUCAGUCUUAACGGCCGCAGUAUCACUGCCAAUAUUGUGCUGGACUAUGAGACAUUUAACAAGGAUAUUCCCUAUUUGGUGCACAUUGAGUGUACAAAAGAUGGUUCAACUACCUUAUUAACAGUGCGCAUAAUUGUUCAGAACAUAAAUGAUAAUCCACCAGUAUUUGCAGAGAGCCAGUACACAAUUGACAUCAAUGAGUUAACAAUAGAGGGUACCACUGUGGCGCGAAUCACUGCAACGGAUGCUGAUGAAGGUGAUCGCCUCUACUAUAAUCUGAUUUCACCCGAGGGAGAAUUUGAACUGCGGGCCACUUUUGAUCCUGACAUACUGGUGAAAAAACUUCUGGAUUAUGACAAAAUUAAAAAAGUCACAAUGACGCUGUAUGCACAGGACACCCAGGACUCUGCGCCAGUUUCCCACACUGCCUCGGCCACUAUCACAGUCAAUAUCAUAGACAUUGACAAUCGUCCACCAUGGUUCCAGCCCUGUACAGAAAUGGAGGUCAGCACCAGCAAAUUGUGCCUGAACUCUGGCUACGAAGGGACAGUCAACUUAACCGAACAAGUGGUGGGUCCUUUGCCCUUGAAGCCAGGUCCAGUCAAUGCUAUUGAUGGUGACAAGGGUAGGAACGAGCCAAUUGGCUACAGAUUUCUUGAAGGAAAUGAAGAUGGUACAUUUGAUAUCAACUCUAACAGUGGGAGCAUCACAAUGCUAAAACCAGUAGGCGUAUCAGGCCCGAUUGUUCUUACAGUUAUGGCAUUUCAAGAGCAGAAAAUUGAUCAGUUUGCCACCACCACAGUCAUCCUAAGGGUGGUGGAGACUAGUAGGCAUCCUCCUAAAUUUGUGAAGCCCAGUUACGAAGGUUUUAUCUCAGAGGACGCAGAUGUGGACAGCUUGUUACUGGAGAGCCAAACCUCCAACAAGCCCCUCCGUGUACAGGCAACAGAUGAAGACUUUUCUAAUGGGGUGAAUCCUAACAUCAGAUUUGAGGUUGUAGACAGCACUGAUUUCUCGAUAACUCCAGAAGGAUUCAUACUCAUGGCAAAGGCAGUUGCCCCUGGCACUGUAAAUUUACAAAUGAGGGUGGUUGACACGACCAACGAUGAAUCAAGCAUUGCUUCCCUUACCAUUGAGGUUACUCCAGGGGUUCCCACGACCACUAAGGUCACUACUAUCAAGACUACGUCUAUCAUAACCACAAAUAAGAUCACUGACACACCACAAACAAAAAGCACCUCCACCCCCACCUCCAUCCCCACAUCUAUCUCCACCUCUAACCCAGACACUUCUACCUCUAACUCCAUCACCUCCACAACUCCUGGUCCCACCACAGGUGGGCCGCAGGUGAGAGUGGGUGAGUAUAGAACAGAGGAUAUGGCAGCUCUAGGGGCCAGUUUGGCUGUGGUGAUAGUCCUGUGCUUGGUUUGUAUCGGACUGCUGGCGCAACGCGUCAAGGGCCAUAACGCAGACUGGAAGAAACUUUCAGAAGCUAGUAUCUUCCGUAGCACUUUGGGUGGGGGUUCGGGUGGUCCCAAGGAGGGUGUGCAGUACACUAACGAGGGCUUCCAGCAUGAUGAUGGUUCUGGAAGCGUGAACUCUAGGCUGGCUGCUGACCUGGAGAUGAAACUAGAAUCUGGGCUGAAGUCAGAACCGAGUCAAGCGUCACCACAAGAGCAGGUGACACCCAGCAGCGCUUCGAUUCUCCAAACACCCGCCACCUGCAGCAUUCCACCCGAUUCCACCAGCCUGGGGAGUUUAGAUACCCUAGACGGUGAGAAGGAAGUGAAACCGAUCCUUACUAAAGAGCGACGUGCAGAGGAGGGCUACAAAGCCGUCUGGUUUAAGGAAGACAUUGACCCUAACACCAAAGAGGAAGUGGUCAUCAUUCCAGACACUGGUGACCUGGUGGGAGACCAUGAGGAAGGGGAUGACAAGGAGGAGGAAGAGGAUGACAAUGAGGAGGAACAGGAAGAUGAGGAUCAUCUAAAGACAGACAUGGAUGAAGAGCUGGCAGGGAGAUAUUUUAAAGGCUUAGAAGAUGAAGGCAGAAUGACUUCAGAUUUGUAGAGCUCUGAUUGUAGAGCCUGUUUGGGGAUUACAAAGCAAGUGGAUGGCA